AUGCAUAGAGAAAGACUUUCGCCGACUCCACCACCUUCUUUUACCAGUCCAUGUCCCGUUCUUUCAAGUGGAAGUGCAAAUAUAAAACCAACCCAUUCCCUUCUUGCUCCAUCAGUCUACCUUCAACCAAGUUUACUGUUUUUAUUCAGAUUGCGACAAUGUGUACGAAAUUUCUGAUCGCUGUAACUUUAGGACUAGUCGCGUCUGAACCAACACAAGUCGACUUGGGCGGUUUCGGCGGCGGCGGUGGAGGAGGCGGCGGCGGCGACUUCGGCCACGAGUUGGGAGGAUUCGGGGGCGGCGGCGGAUUUGGAGGCGGGGGCGGAUUUGGGGGUGGUUAUGGCGGAGGUGGCCUUGAAGGAUUUGGGGGCGGCCACGGCGAACUCAGUCUUGGAGGCGGAGGCGGCGGCGGUGGAGGCGGCGGAGGAUCACUUUACAGUGGUCAAAGCAGCUACGAAGCCGGAGAACAUGGAGGAUCUUCUGGAGGAGAAGGCGGUGAUUACCACCAUGGAGUCAGUAUUGUUGGAGGAGGAGGAGGUGGAGAAGGGCAUGGGGCCAGCUUCGACUUGACCCAUCAUGGUGGAGGCGGCGGUGGCGGCCACCACGGUCCCUUCGGAGGCAGCUUCGUAGCUUCCGCCAAAUACGAGGGUCAAGCUGGAGGUGUUGCCCAUAAAAUCGCCGAUGGAGACAUUGCAUCUCACGCCAGUUACAUUACUUUCGGCCACGGUCACUACUCCGACGUCCUGGGGGCUAGUCAAGACGGCGGUUCGCUCGGUGGAGGCGGCGGCGGCGGUGGAGGCGGCGGCUACAAAUGGGGUUUCGUAGCACCUGCUUCGAGUGGACUUGGAGAUCGACAGUGAUCAGUUUAAUUGUAUACCGUUGUUACAAUUUCCGUUGUAUUUUUUGUUGACUGUUGACUAUUUAUUAAGAUCUGAUCAAUUCUGAUUAAAUUUUUCUUACUUUUGUAAAA